CCUCCUUCUCUCCCGGCCUCCGCGCUACGGCGCGCCUGGGCUCCGGAGCCGUCAUGGGCGCCGCCGCGUGGGCAUCGUCGCCCCUGCUGCUGCGCGUGUCUCUCCUGAUGCUGAUUCUGCCGCUCCCGGGGCUGCCCGCGGGCUCCUGGGACCCGGCCGGUUACCUGCUCUACUGCCCAUGCAUGGGGCGCUUCGGAAACCAGGCCGAUCACUUCUUGGGCUCCCUGGCUUUUGCAAAGCUGUUGAACCGCACCUUGGCUGUACCCCCUUGGAUUGAGUACCAGCAUCACAAGCCUCCCUUCACCAAUCUCCAUGUGUCCUAUCAGAAGUACUUCAAGCUGGAACCCCUCCAGGCCUACCAUCGGGUCAUCAGCCUGGAAGACUUUAUGGAGAAGCUGGCACCCACUCAUUGGCCCCCUGAGCGGCGGGUGGCAUACUGCUUUGAGGUGGCAGCCCAGCGAAGCCCUGAUAAGAAGACAUGCCCCAUGAAGGAAGGAAAUCCCUUUGGUCCAUUUUGGGAUCAGUUUCAUGUGAGUUUCAACAAGUCCGAGCUUUUUUCAGGCAUUUCCUUCAGCGCCUCCUACAAAGACCAGUGGAUCCAGAGAUUUUCUCCAAAGGAACAUCCAGUGCUCGCCCUACCAGGGGCCCCGGCCCAGUUCCCCGUCCUGGAGGAGCACAGGCCGCUCCAGAAGUACAUGGUAUGGUCAGACGAGAUGGUGAAGACGGGAGAGGCCCACAUCCGCGCCCAUCUCAUCCGGCCCUACGUGGGCAUUCACCUGCGCAUUGGCUCUGACUGGAAAAACGCCUGUGCCAUGCUGAAGGAUGGGACCGCCGGCUCCCACUUCAUGGCCUCCCCGCAGUGUGUGGGCUACAGCCGCAGCACGGCGGCCCCUCUCACCGUGACCAUGUGCCUCCCUGACCUGAAGGAGAUCCGACGGGCCGUGAAGCUGUGGGUGGAAGCGCUGAAUGCCCGGUCGGUCUACAUUGCCACGGAUUCUGAGAGUUUCGUGCCCGAGAUCCAAGAGCUCUUCAAAGGGGAGGUCAAGGUGGUGAGCCUGAAGCCUGAAGUGGCCCAGAUUGACCUGUACAUCCUCGGCCAAGCCGACCACUUUAUUGGCAACUGUGUCUCCUCCUUUACCGCCUUCGUGAAGCGGGAACGGGACCUCCAGGGGAGGCUGUCCUCUUUCUUUGGCAUGGACAAGCCCCCUCAGCUGCGGGAUGAGUUCUGACCCUGGCUGGAGCACCUCGCCAGCAUAAGCCAGUCCCCCUGGCCGGGCCUGACAGCUAGCAGUGCUCCCAGCACUGGCUCCCAAGGAUGCAAGCUCUUCUCCCUCGCCAGAGACAGAAAGGCACCAGGGGCUCCUGGAGGAGGAUUCCGUGUCCCAGAGCACAGGGCUCGCCGGCUCCUGGGCCGGGCAUCUCCGCUCCCUGCGUGCCUCCUGCCAUUUCUCCCGGGCACUGCUCACACUGGCAGAGCAGUCCCACCUCCAUCUUCUGGGCUGCCCGGCUCGGAGCAGCCCGGGGGCUCAACUCUUCUCAGUGACUUUUUUAUAGAGACAGAGAUACUUAUAGUUUUGAUAUGAGGUCAUGACUACCCUAGAACUCUCCCUCAUUUUUUUUUUUUUAUAUUUUUGGGGUUUUUUUUUUUUU